UCUUCUUUUGUCUUGUAAACAGUUCUCCAAGUGUUUACCAAAUAAAAUUUCAUAUCACAUCAACGUUUUAUUACUCUGAUUAAAUAUCUUCUGUUUUAAAUUGUUCUUUUCUUUGUGAACUGUGACUUCGCCUUAUUCAAGGUGAAACAAGUUUAAAUUAAUGAAAAUGACAAAAUCAGGCAACAUUGAAGUUAAAACAAUUCCUUUUACUGAAGAGUCUUUCAAGAUGUUCAAGAAAGCCAUGAGAAACUCAUGUACUCCUACUGCUUUGGAAGUCUUUGAUUUUGAUUAUGCUUUUAAAUUAACUAAAAAGGCUAAAGUAUCUCCUUAUGCAUUUAUGUUGUCCUUAAUUUACAUCGAAAGAGUCCGUCAACAGUCCCCCGAUUAUUUUAGGAAAGUCUCGCCCUGUGACCUGUUCUUAGUUUCAUUGAUGGCUGCAUCCAAGGUACUGAUUGAUGAAGGAGAAGAUGAAGAAAUUAAAAAUGAUCGUUGGGCCACUAUUGCUCAGUUAAAACUACGUUAUAUAAAUCAAUUGGAACGUGAAUUUUUAUCAGCAAUUGAUUGGAACUUAUUCGUACACCAAAAGAUUUUCUAUGAAACAAUGGUCAACAUUAUAGUCACUAUAAUUAGAAACGAAUGUAGGAAAAGAUGUUGGAAUGGAUUAACAUACAAUGAAAUUAUGGUCCUACUUGAAUAUGAUGAGAAAUUUAAACAAGUCUGUUUAUUGGUCUAUCAAUAUAUGGUUAAAGUCAUGUUGGUGUUUUCUCUCACAUAUUCAGCCAUAAUUCUCAGCGUACUUUCCACCGAACAGAGCUUACCUAACUGACAAUCAUUGUGUUUAUAGCUUAUCUUUUCAUCUUGUCUCCAUGCUUGUAAAGGGGUAAAGUUAUUUGAUGUUUUUCAAUGUUUCAUUUCCCAAGUCAAUAAUCUAAACUAAUACUCGAACAUGACAAUUGUCAUGGGUUGGAACUAUUCUACAGCAUUCUUACCGGUCAACAAAUCUUUAAUUAUGAAAGAUCCUUUAAGUAAACCCCUUUCAAUCAACAUCCAAUCCGAAUUGGGCAUCAAUUAACAUUUCUUUCUAACGAUCAACUGGUGUAACAAAAUUUGUAUUUGAAACAUUUUGAUCAACAUUUAAUAACUUGCACAUUGUAAAUCCCUAAUUUUGUUGUAAAUUUAAUCUCAAUUGCUUCUCGACUUUAAAAAGGCUGAGAAUUGGAAAAUGGACUUUUUCGCCAAGAUUAAAUAAAAGAUUGAAUAUUUUACAAGCGUA